AUGGAAAGCAAUACGGGUAGGGUCAGCUCCGUCUGCUCGAAGAACUUGGAUGGCAUGAUUGCAAUUUGGAUUUGCGCCGACCAAUUUUUGGUUUCAGGGAGAAGUGGGAGUGACAACAGCAAUGAAGGACUGAAGUUGGGUGGCGCGUCUAAAACGGCCGGCGGGAACGGCGGACUGAUGGUGCUGAUCUUCGUGUUCACGCUAUAUUCUAGUCAUCCUUCAAAUUAUCGCAGUGAUUCAAUCACUAUUCGACACUAUCAAAUGCUCUACUUCUCAGAUGGCACUCACGUCUUCCAGGCAGGAAGCUCGCUCUUCAGGGUGCACGCAAGCAUUCUCGGAGAUAAAUCACUUGCUUUCCGGGAUAUGUUUGCUGCAAGCCAGGGUGCCCAACUCAAACAAGUUGACGGUAGUGCUGACGACAAGCCUAUUUGUGUGCCGUCGCAAAUGCACGAUGCACGUGUCUAUGCUGUUCACCAUCUCCAGCGGCAACGCUACUCGCUUGAACCAACACAGCUUGUCUCGCUCGCAUUUAAGUACAAUGUCAAAGAAUUCUUGCUGCAUGCUUUCGAGUGA